GCCGCUGCUGCUUCGAUGUACAAAUAAAAAUUUAAAUUAUUGCUAAAUGCAACGCGCUUAACGGAAAUAAAACGGAUAUUAAUGAUUUAAGCUGAAAGUGUUUUGAACCGAUUUCGAAAAAUCGGGCGCCAACCGAAUUGUUUUAAAAAGUGUGCAAGUGCAACGAGUAGAGAAAUUGCAUUAAAGGCUGCAAGGGGCGAACGCAGCUUCUCAGUUUCAUACGGCAGGAAGUCAACGGUGGUGAAAAAGCCGUCAAAGUAAACGCAAACUGUGCGAAAAAAUUAAAUUAAAGCCAUAAAAUGGGUCUCAACGGGUGCUGUUCGUGUGUCAAAUAUUUGAUGGUCCUUAUAAACAUCUUAUUUUGGCUCAUCGGCCUGACCAUUGUGAUCACCUCGUUGUGGAUGCUAACGGAUCCCACGUUUAUGCUGUCGAUGACACAAUCGUACAAUCAUUAUCAUAUAGCGCUCUAUGUCUUCCUGGCCAUUGGCAUACUGAUCACCCUGGGCGCAUUCUUUGGCUGCUUGGGCGUAUGUCGCGAGUCCCAGUGUCUGCUUGUCUCGUUCUUCUGUGUCAUACUCAUUGUGAUGGUGGCGCAAAUCGCAGCCGGUGCUUGGGCCUUUCACAACAAAGACAAACUGGAUGACAUUGUGCGUGCGGCGGUCAAAUCAUCUGUCCAGGAGGAGUACGGACAGUCGAGCAUGAGUUCGCGCACCGUCACCUUUGACACGCUGCAAAAGAAUUUGAAGUGCUGCGGCGCAGACGGACCUGGCGAUUGGGCCACGAGUCGUUUUAAUAAUGUGGAUCGCACCAAUAUAGUUGACAUUGCCGUAUCUUCAAUGAAUGUGCUUUACAAUAUACCUGAAUCGUGUUGCAAAGAGGAUAUCAAGGAUAACGAGUGUGAAAAGUGGCGUAUCUUGAAAUUCGGAGGCCCAUUGAACACGUACAUUUAUCAGCAGGGCUGCGUUGAUAAGCUGAUUGAGAUCAUUUAUGAGAAUUGGGUUACCAUAUUUGCCAUUACCGCCGCUGUGAUACUGCUGGAGCUGCUGUCGCUGACCUUUGCCCUGAGCCUGUGCUGUGCGGUGAGGAAUCAGCACUACAAGGCCUGAGAAUUACAGAAUUCCCAUAGGGAAAUAACGGACGAUGAGAAGUACUAACAAACCAAAUGUAAACUAAAGCAUAAGCGUUACUAAAAACAACAACAAUUGGUGCGAAUCAAAUGCAUUUAGCACUGACAACAAUAGCAACAACAACGGCAACAACAGCUGUAGCGGGCUACAUUUGAAGGCUGUCAGUCCUUGCAAAUACUUUAAAACACUUUUGUAGUACUUUAACAAACAAACAACUGAGCAAUUGUGGAAGAUUUGAAAUCGACAAAGAGUUAAAGAAAUUGAAACGGCGCAGGAGGUAGCAUUGACCUUGAAAGCCAUUUAAUAAAUAUAUACGCAAUUAAAACAAGAAAAAUAAGAAAUUGAAUAAACUUUAUAUGAACUUGAUACGAACAACAACUUUUCUAAAAUAUUUCUACAUAAACAAACCGAAAACAAAUCACAUUUUAUAUUAGCAACAAACAAACACCUAAAUAUUAGAAAAGUCCGACCGUGUAAGGCAAAAAGUUUCAAAAUCAACAAAAUGAAAAAUGUUUUAUGAAUACAUAAAUAUAGUAAGACACUCGUACUAUAUAGAAAUCAUACAUUAGCAAUUUAAGCACAACAGUAAAACUUAUUUGCCAAAAACACGGAAUUAUAAAUGCAAUCAUAGUUUUUCUUUUUUCUCUUUUCAAACUUAAUGUUCGUAAAACACUUUUGAAUCGUACGCAUUAUUUGGUAAGAAUCAAUCUAAUGAGCAUUCCACAAGUGAGAAAUGUUUAAAUGCACACAGUUUAGUUCUGAUUCGGCGUUGCCAUCCAAAGAUCCAAACCCAAAAACUCUUAUCAUUUCUCUUGUGUGAAAUCAUGUGCUAAAGGAAUAAGUAAUUAUUAAAUGAAAUUCGUUGAGCUUCGCGAAAUUAAAUGCCAAAUAUUUUAUCUAUUUACAAAAUUUGUUUUAACCUCGAAUGUUAACUGACAGCGCACUGUUAACUAAUUAACAUUUGUAGCCGAUGUAAGCGCGCUGUAGUUCAAGCACUGUUGAAUAUGCUGUUAAUUAACAGCUCUCUGUACAAUACCCUGCCAUUUAUUAAAUACGCUCGAAACAACAUUUACUCACACACACACACAUAUACACACACACACACACAUUCACGCACACACGAAUACACAUACUAAUAAAUUGUCGAAUCAAAAUAUUAUUUAUUAUGAAUUAAAGUACAAUUAAUAUGUAACUUAAACAAACAUUAAUGAAAGUACAUCAUGAAUUUAUUUUUACUAGCUGUACGAAACGUAAUUUUUAUAUUUUGUAUACUUAUUACACU